AUGGCGCUCACUGGGAAGGUGCACAUGGACCGAGAGGAAGGGAGUGUGGCACAGUUGAGAAUCAGGACAAGGUUUUUAGACAAGUACCUGAAACGGUUUCUGGAGUCUGCUGACAAGCACUUCAUGGUGGGCCACAAGGUGAUCUUCUACAUCACCGUGGAUGACUUGUUCCGGCUCCCAGACAUCAACUUUGGUCCUCAGCGAACCUUCCGGAUUUUUAAAAUCGACAGCGAGGACAAGGCCUGGUCACACGACCUCCACCUGGUGCGCAUGCAGACCCUGUGGAGUCGAAUCCAGAGCCAUGUGCAGAAGGAGGUGGACUUCCUCUUCAGCAUGGCCGUCAACCAGGUCUUCCAGGGGGACUUUGGGGCGGAGGCGCUGGGCCGCUCGGUGGCUCAGCUGCACGCGUGGUGGUACUUUAGGAGCACAGAGACCCCACCCUACGAGAGGAGGCCUGGGUCAGCGGCCUGCAUUCCGUCUGGGGAGGGGGACUUCUAUUACAGCAGCUCUGUUAUGGGGGGGACACCGCAGGAGCUUCUGCAGUUUGCCAGCCACUAUCUGCAGAGCGCCGCCCGUGACAGCAGUCGCCGCCUGCGGAGCACGUUUGAGAGGCAUCUCAACAAGUACUUCUUCCUGCACAAGCCCAGCAUGCUGCUCUCGCCCGAGUAUGGCUGGGACCCCCGGCUCCGCCUCCCCCCACAGAUGAAGCGCGUGAAGGUGGCCUGCCUCUCAGAGAGGGACUGA